AUGUCCAAAUAUUUGUAUGCCAUCUACGAACGUUUGUACGUGGUCUACGAAUGUCGCUAUAACCGAAACACUAAUACCUCUAACGUGAAAUGUCCGUAUGUCGCUUACGACACUCUGCCAUUGAAGCAGAUGGCCAUUCAAGAUGACCACCUAUAG